UCGUUCCUCCCCGGCGCGGAUAUAAAGCGGCCGCGGCUCCGCCGCAAGGUGCGCGCUGCUGCUGCCACGGUGCUCGCCCGUCCCGGCGCCGCUCGCCACGGCUGCCCGGUGCGCGCCGCCGCCCCGCCCGCCGGGCCAUGGACUCGGACGCCAGCCUGGUUUCCAGCCGCCCGUCCUCCCCGGAGCCCGAUGACCUCUUCCUCACGGCCAGGAAUAAAGGCAGCGGCGGGGGCUUCACGGGCGGCACCGUGUCCAGCUCCACGCAGAGCGACUCGCCGCCGGAGCUGAGCGCCGAGCUGCGCAGCGCCAUGAGCGCUGCGGGGGUGGUGGUGGUGGACAAGCUGGGCUUCAAGUCCUCCUCGUCGUCCUCCUCGUCGUCCUCCUCCUCCUCCUCCAAGAAGGACAAGAAGCAGAUGACGGAGCCGGAGCUGCAGCAGCUGCGGCUGAAGAUCAACAGCCGGGAGCGCAAGCGGAUGCACGACCUGAACAUCGCCAUGGACGGGCUGCGGGAGGUGAUGCCCUACGCGCACGGCCCGUCGGUGCGCAAGCUCUCCAAGAUCGCCACGCUGCUCCUGGCGCGCAACUACAUCCUCAUGCUCACCAACUCCCUGGAGGAGAUGAAGCGCCUGGUCAGCGAGAUCUACGGCGGCCACCACGCCGGCUUCCACCCCGCCGCCUGCCCCGGCGGCAUGGGCGCGCACUCGGCGCCGCUGCCCGGCCACCCGGGCCACCCGGCCUCGCACCCCGUGCACCACCCCAUCCUGCCCCCCGCCGCCGUGUCCAGCGCCUCCCUGCCCGGCUCCGGCCUCUCGGCCGUCAGCUCCAUCCGGCCCCCGCACGGGCUCCUCAAGUCGCCCUCGGCCGCCGCCGCCGCCGCCGCCGCCCCGCUGGGCAGCGGCUUCCAGCACUGGGGCGGGAUGCCGUGCCCCUGCAGCAUGUGCCAGGUGUCGGCCCCGCCGCACCACCACGUCUCCGGCAUGGGCACGGCCAGCCUGCCCAGACUGGCCACCGACACCAAAUGAGUCCCUCCCGCCGCGCCCCGGCGCCGCCAGGACCUACAGACGGCAGCGGGGCCGCCCCGCUCCGCUCCCGGGGCCGCCGGAGGGGCGGCGGGAGGGGACGGGGACGGAGCCGGCCCGGGCGUGCCCAGCUCCCCGAACGCGGGGGAACCCCCCGGCACGGUAAACCUCGCGCACCUCCCGUGAUUUCAAUUUCCCGACGCUGCCGCGGACUCCGGAGCGGGGGAGGGCGGCGGAGCCGGGGCUCGCCGCUACCGGAGGAACCAGAACUGAGGAGGGGCUUUGGCUCGGUUAUUCGUUCCUGCGCUCCUUCCCUCCCCUUCCCGGUCCCGUUUCUACACUCGGAGCCUUCCGAGCCGCCCCCGGCUCGCAUCCCCCGGAUUGCCCGUCCCGGGGGGCUCCGGGACUGCGGGGUCUGCCCCGCUCCCCCCGGGGCGGCGCCGGUUCUCCCUCCGGUGCGGGGUUUGUAAAUAGACCGAUAACGACGCCAGUCCGCUCUGCCUGAGCUUCCCGUCCGUGCACUUGUUCUGUGUCAGCCUCAUGAGUGAAAAAGGGGUCGGUUUGCCUUGAUUUCCUUCAUUUGGGUUUUGGGGUUUGGUGGGUUGUGUUACUUUUAAGCGUAUAACACGUUUGUUUCGGUUUUUCUUUACGUUCCUGCCACCUUUAACAAAGUUUGAACUCUUUAAUGCUCUUUCUGUGUAGGAACUUUCACGCUGUCCGUGUUGCAAUACUGAGAACUUGGGCUUGUUUCUGAAAUAACAACUUUUCUUAUCGCUGCCCCUUGCA